AUGGAACCAAAGCAACAGUCGAGAACACUUGAAAGAUAUAGGAGCAGACUUGGGCUUGCACUGGCAUUUGUCAACAUUUCUAAUAAAAUAUGGGCUUUCAUAGAUGAUGAUUUUGAGGUUAUGAUGUUAUUUGACAUGCAACAGCAACUCACUUUGAGAUUAACUGACACCAAUACCCAACAAGAAUUUAUCCUUACCCUAGUAUAUGCCAAAUGUGAUCAUAUCGAGCGUAUAGAACUAUGGGAUACUCUCUACGCUUUGGCAAGUGACAUGACUACUCCAUGGAUUGUUGGUGGGGAUUUCAAUGUAAUAUGGGAUGAAGAGGAGAAGUUUGGUGGUCUUCCAGUACCCAUAAAUGAAGUGGACGAUUUUAGGGAUUGUAUAAAUUCAUGCAACCUCAACGAUCUUGGAUUCAAAGGAAGUAUAUUCACUUGUUGGAAUGGUAGGGCUGAAGAGGACUGCAGUUUUAAAAGACUGGAUCGUGUAUUAGGCAAUAUAGGACUACAACAACUUUUACCAAGUGUGGAGGUUACUCACUUAUCAAAAAUAGGCUCAGAUCACUGCCCACUCUUGAUUAAAUGUGAUCCAAAUCUAAUAACUGCCAAAAAGCAAUUUCGAUUCUUGAAUUUUUGGACUGAUCACAACACCUUCCAAGAAGUUGUGAAAGAAAAUUGGGUGGACGACCUAGCUGCAAACUCUCAGGUUACCUCUUUCACAAUUUUCAACAACAAAUUGAAGAAACUGAAAAAGGUCUUAUCAAGAUGGAGUAAGGAUAUAUAUGGGGAUAUUUUUCAAAAAGUUGCAAGUCUAGAAGAGGUUGUUCUGGUACAUGAAGCUCAGUUCGAACUUAGUCCCACAAGUAUGAAUAGGGAGAGGCUCAAUAAGGUGAAAGCAAAACUUACUAGAUACCUAGCCUUAGAAGAGCAAUUCUGGAGACAAAAGACAGGCAUGGCAUGGUUUAAGGAUGGAGAUCGCAAUACGAAGUUCUUUCAUGCACAUGUAAAUAGGAGAAGAAAAAUCCUGCAAUUAAAAAGAAUUCAAGAUAGUGCUGGCAAUUGGAUAGAAGGAAAUGAUCAGAUGGCUGAAGAAGCAAUCAGUUUCUUUAAGUCGCAAUUUCAUGAAGGUGUUUUGGAGAAAAACCAAGAACUACUGAAACAACCUACCAAAGAAGAAGUCAAACAGGCUGUCUUUGGCUUAAAUGCAGACAAUGCUGGGGGUCCUGAUGGCUUCACAGGAUUCAUCAAGGGUAGGAGCAUCGUUGAAAAUAUUUUAUUGACUAAUGAAAUAAUAACUGAUAUAAGACUGAGGACCAAAGCAGUACCAAAUGUUGUACUCAAAUUGGACAUGACAAAAGCCUAUGACAGACUGUCUUGGCUAUUCAUGACUAAGGUUUUGAGGAAAAUGGGCUUCGAGGAAAGAAUAAUUGGAAUCGUGUUUAGAAUUGUCUCCAACAAUUGGUAUUCUAUAUUAAUGAAUGAACAACCUUAUGGAUUUUUUAAAUCAACAAGAGGAGUCAAGCAAGGUGAUCCGCUAUCACCUACUCUAUUCAUCCUAUCUGCUGAAGCUUUAUCAAGAGCCCUCAAUUCAUUACAUCAGAACUUGUAUUUCUGUGAUUUUGGGUUAUCAAAAUGGAGCCCCAAAAUCAAUCAUCUUUCCUACGCAGAUGACAGAAUCAUAUUCUCAUCUUUUGAUGCUAUGUCAUUAAAGUUGAUUAUGGAAGUGCUGAGGGCAUAUGAGACUACCUCUGGACAGUUAAUCAACAAGGCAAAAUCUGCAGUAUACCUACAUCAUUUAACAAAUGUGGACAUCAUAGACAAAGUGCAGAGCAUAACAAGUAUUAACAGGAGGAAGAUGGAAUAUUAUCAUGAUCUGAUGAAAAAGGUACUAGAUAAGAUCCAAUCAUGGCAAGGAAAAAUCUUAUCAAUUGGAGGUCGGGCAGUCUUAAUUAACCAUGUGCUUCAAGGAAUGCCUAUUCAUCUGCUUUCAGCAGUAAAUCCACCAGCUUCUGUCAUAAAUAAACUCUACAAAAUGAUUGCUCAGUUUUUUUGGAGUAAUUCUAUAGGAGGAAAGGCAAGACAUUGGGCAUCUUGGGACUCAUUGUGUCUACCUAAAGAGGAAGGAGGGGUUGGAUUUCGUUCAUUACAUGAUAUGCCAAGGGCAUUAUUUUGUAAGUUAUGGUGGAAUUUUAGAACUAAACCAACACUUUGGAGUUCUUUCAUGUGCCAAAAAUAUUGCAAAAAGCUGAAUGCAAUUGUAGUACCAUGGAGAAAAGGUUCCCAUGUUUGGAGGAAAAUGCUUGACUGUAGGGAGGCAAUUGAACACCAAAUCAUUUGGCAACCAAGAAUGGGGUCAUCUCUUUUUUGGUUCGACAAUUGGACAGAGAUGGGUGGAUUGUAUUUCACAACACCACCUAAGUUCUACUAUGAUGAGUCAAUCCAUAAUGUUCAUGAUGUGAUGUUGGAAGGUACAUGGAAUGAAACAAGAUUAAUGCAGAUAUUGCCACACGACAUAGCCAGUCACAUCAUUGCUAAUAUCAAACCUACAGCUCUCUCAGAUGAAUUAGAUAAACCUUUUUGGAUGAUGGAAUCAAAAGGUUACUUCACUGUCAAAUCUACUUGGGAUUAUGUCAGGAGAAUGAGGGAUCAAAAUGCAGUAUUCACAAAUAUUUGGGUCAAGGGCUUGCCUUUCAAAAUUGUAUUUUUUAUGUGGAAAGUUUGGAAAGGAAGAAUACCACUGGAUGAUUUUUUCAAGAGCACAUACAGUGUGUUACUACUUCAUGGAAAAUGCUGGAAUUUUCAUAAUGGAAUGUCAUUGCAGCAGGCAAUAGCAAAAUGUUGGACUGUACAAGUUGUUCCACGACUCAAGCCUAUAUUCCAAGCUUUACCAUCGAUAAUUUUGUGGGAAUUGUGGAAGAGAAGAAACUGCCAAAAACAUGGUGAAAUGGUGAAUACUGACGGGGCAUCGAGGGGAAAUCCGGGUAGAAGCUCCAUUGGUUUUGUCCUACGGGAUAGUAAAGGAGAUGUGAGAUAUGCAAGGGGGAAAGAAAUUAAGGAGGGAACAAAUAUGGAAGCAGAAACCAUUGCUAUACUUGAGGCAAUACAAACCUGUGUGCAACAAGGAUAUGCCAAUAUCCACAUCCAAACAGAUUCAUUGUUUCUGAAGAACGUGAUAGAUGGUACAUGGGAUCCACCUUGGGCAAUAGAGGCAUAUGUUCAGGAGAUUAAACAGUUUAUGGCAAGAUGUAAUUGUAGGGUGUCACAUAUCAUGCGAGAAGGAAACAAAUUGGCUGACUUCCUAGCAAACCAUGCACUCGACCAUGAGGAUCAUGAGGCUCACAACUUUCAGCAACUGGAGAUACAAGAAAAGAGGAUUGUUAAUAGUAAUAAACUUCAAUGUCCUUACCUACGUAUAAGAGUAGCCAGAAAUGGAUAA